AUGAGCCCAUCACCGGGUGACCAUCCAAACCGGACCAUUCCGGAAUGGAUGGAUCCCCAAAAUUUGCACGGUCGGUUAUAUUACCUAACGCUUCAAGGUAAAGCUAAAGAACUUCCAAAAAAACCGUUCUUGAUUGGACGUUCCAUCGAGAACUUUGCGGGUAAAAUUGAGGGCGCCUUUUACGAAAAAUCUCGGAAGUGGUACGUGCUCAAGAUAAGGAACAAGGACCAAGGAAGAAAGCUGACAACAUUAUCAACUCUACUGGAUGGUACACCGAUUGUCAUAGGUCGUCAUCCUAGUUUAAACCAGCGGAAAUUAGUGGUCACCUGUCGAGAAGUUGAUGGAAUGGAUGACAAACUUUUGUUGGAAGAACUAGCGCCUCAAAAAAUAAUCGAUGUUCGCCGCAUAACAAAAAAAACCCCAGCAGGAAUCAUAGGUACAGCAACGCUAAUUCUUACAAUCAACAGCACCAUCAUUCCGGAAUUUAUAAAUUUCGGUCUCCUUCGAGUUCGCACGCGCAUUUACUAUUCGCAGCCUCUGUUAUGCCGACAAUGCUUGCAGUACGGCCACCCUAAAAGCCGUUGCAAGAAUCAGUUGGCUUGCAAAAAUUGUUCUGAAACUCACGAAAGUGCUAACUGCCGUGUCGAACCCUUUUGUGGAAAUUGCAAAUCACCAGGUCAUUCCCCCUUGGACAGAAAGUGCCCCAUUUGGACAGCAGAAUCUGCAGCACUCAAACUCAGCACAGAUAAAAACGUUCCAAUCAACGAAGCCCGAAGAAUAGUACACACGAGCAGCAACUCAACCAGCUACGCACAUGUAGUAAAAACGAGCCAGAACCAACAGACUACCCAGAACACAACACAACAGCAACAACUCCAACAAAAAGAAGCACCAAACCAACAGACGAGCUUGAACCAGAAAAGAACGCACACUCCAGCAACACCACAAUCUUUUCAAACUGAUGGCAUCAGUUUGGAUGCAGAUUCCCCGCCUCGGAAACGGACCCCCCUUCCAACCUCUCUUCCAACAACUUCGACAGGAGAAGUUUUCGCUGAAGAUAUGGUUAAAAAAAAUACAUCUUCUCGAUCAAUCGUGACACGGAGCAUGCAGCAGGUGCGACCACCAGAGAUACCCAAAUAA